AUGGCCCAGCCCCAGUUCUUCGAGACCAUCUCUAAGUCCUUCGAGGACGUGCCCGUCACGCCAGCAGGCGUUGAGACGGCACCCUUCCUCGAGGCGUCGGAGGGUCUCGUCAAGAUCUUCAACCUCUUCGGAAACCCGGCCUUUAGCGUCGUGCAGAACGACAUUACCGGCAACAUCAACAAAGUCCGCACCUACUUCCUCGCCAACCCCACCGACGCCGACACGCUCGAGAAGCUCCUCGCCCACGACAAGGCGACCCACCCCAAGACCAAGGACCGCGUGGCCACCGACGCGCUCAUGUGGCUCCUCCGCGGACUCAAGUUUACCGCUAUGGGGCUGCGCAUCAACCUCUCCAACGAGGCCGAGGAGCUCAGUGUGUCGUUCACGAAGGGGUACGAGGGGAGCCUUAAGAAGUUCCACGGGAUGAUGGUCCGGCCUGUGUUUUCGCUCGCUAUGAGGGCGUGCCCGUACCGCGCCAGCUUCUACCCCAAGUUCGGGCAGCCGCAGGACGUCGUCAUGGCCAAGCUUGAGGCGUGGCUCAAGGCGCUCGAGGACAUUGUCGACCGCGAGUCCAAGGUCUUCAAGGACGGCGGCUACGGCGAGAUCUAA